GUGGCUGCCAUAUUUAGCUUGGCCUAUAAACUCCAGCCUGCUAUUAUAUUUAUUGAUGAGGUCGACAGUUUCUUGGGCCAGCGACGAAAUACAGAUCAUGAAGCAAUGACAAACAUGAAGACUGAGUUUAUGGCUUUAUGGGAUGGAUAUACCACUGACCAGAAUGCACGAGUUAUGGUUCUUGCUGCAACAAAUCGUCCAUCAGAACUAGAUGAAGCAAUACUCAGACGUCUCCCUCAGGCUUUCGAGAUUGGUGUACCUGACCGCAGGGAGAGGGCUGAGAUUUUGAAGGUAAUUUUGAAGGGUGAGAGGGUUGAACCAAGCAUUGACUUUGACUACGUAGCCAGUUUGUGUGAAGGUUACACAGGUUCAGAUCUUCUUGAACUCUGCAAGAAAGCAGCCUACUUUCCUAUCAGAGACAUACUAGAUAAGGCGAAGAAAGGAAAACCAUCUGGAGCUCCAAGACCAUUAUCACAGAAUGAUUUGGAGAAAGUUAUCGCCACAUCAAGGAAGACGGGGGUUGCUGCAAAUGAAUAUAGCAGAUUAAGUUCACAAUUAUCUGGAUGGUCAAGGCAAAGUGAAUCAAAUGAUUAUCAGGUUCAAGAUGCAAUUAAUGAACUCUCCAAGCUUGUAGUUUCUCAAAUUGUUAACCUUCAAUCGGAUUCCCAGGAUACCUGAAAUUUUCAGUUAUGUUCUUGGAUGCU